AGAAUUGAGCAACCCUAUUGCUGCUGGUACAUAUUCGCCGACUCACCCUCUCCUUUCCGACAUUCCUUCCAGUAACUUCUCAUUCCUGGCCCCUGCUGGCUCGUCCCAGCAUGUCGACGAUUCAGACAGUUCUGCGGUUCGCUCGAUCCGUGGCUUAUACUUCCGUCGAGGUCGUACGUGGCAUGUUGAACGUAUUGGGUAUUCCUACAGUUCCUCUGGUGAGGGCAAGCCUCCAAGUACUUCUUGUCGGUGCCCUAAAUGCGUCCUUCACGGCAUCAGAAUGGCCAUCAUCUUUGCAGCGAAUUUCACCAGGUGAUCCAAAUACUGGUGUCACCGAGACAAUGCUGACCAUGGCCAGAUACGGCAACCCCAACGCAGAAUAUCCCUAUGUCUGGUACGAUAUCCCUUGUGCAGGGACGCUCAAGAUCCUAGACUAGCAGUACUUCAACGCACAAGGACUCUACGUCUUUGACUGCAUCAUCAUCUUGUUCGACAAUCGCUUCACGAUGACGGACAUCGGCAUCCUCACCAACUGCAAGCGUUUCAAGAUCCCCACGUAUAUCGUCCGCUCUAAGGCGGACCAGCACAUUCGUAACGUCAUGAAGGAUAUGGGGUACGACAGCUGUGAUGAUGAGAACGAGGAUCAAA